AGAAAAUAACGAAAUGGCAGCGAGUCCUUUGACAAGUCUGAAUCAAUAUUACCAGGUAUGUGCUGGCCAUAGCCAGCACUGUAUGCUACUCUGGUUUAUUGAUCAGAGACAGUCCAUAACAUAUGACUUGUCUCAAUUCCUAAGUAAAACUAUCUAUGGCAAAUAAGUAUCCUAAUUAUAUGAUCAAUGACCUCAUGUUUGACCUUAAUGAUGGAGAGGUGCUGUACUCCAUCACUACACACUUUAGAGCAGAUGUAGAAGGCCAGCAAGCUGAUCCCGAGGAUUACAUUUUCAUCCUUUCUGUAUGGGACUGGCAGAAGUUUGGGCUCCUCGCUUCAACUAGGAUCCAGCAUGAUGACCCAGACGGGAAGAUUCAAAAUAUCAGGUUUCUUAUUGAGAAGAAAGCUCAUUAUCAAAAUGAUAGCUUCAAUGACACUUUUGAUUACACAACUGAAUCAGGAAUUUAUCAAGAUGAGUACAUAUCUCAUCCAGGGUAUGACACAGUAAAUGAGGGUAAUCACACUAAAGGUUGUAUCACCAAUCUUCCCAAGGUCUUCAUGGUAGAUUCAGAGAACAACGCUGCUAUUUACGUGAUAAAGUAUGACGAAAUGAGCAAAGCAGGCUCUAUAAAGAUACAUCUUGCUGUUGAUGUGGGCUCUCUUGACUUAGACAGCUUAGUUGAAAUCAAGUUAUACACUUAUCAAGACGAUGACGAAGAAUCUGGGAGUUAUGCAAACCCUCGAGGAAGCCAGAUCGAUCUAGAGCAAUCCAAUAGGAUUUCUUCUCUAGUCAUACUCCAGAAUCAAGGUAGAGCUGGACACGAGACUUCAAGAGUUGAUAUUUACUCUAUUUACAAAGAGUUUUACCAGAGUUCGUAUCAUAAUACUCUCCAGAAGAUAAAAUCAGUACGAUUGAAAGUUCAAGCAAUUGACAUUGACGUGUGCCCCAAGAAUCGGAACAUGUCUAUUCUUGGCAUCAAUGGAGAUAUCCUUCAUCUUAGCUUAAGUGGUGAAUUCAUUACAGUUCAGAAAGCAACAGGGAAUCCUUCUUAUGAGACAAAAGUAGUCCCUCGAGGAGAAAGAUCAAUCUUCGCAUUCACAACUUUGAAUAUUGGAACAAAUUACGCUUUUGUAGGAAGAGAAGCAGGUGAAGUUCUGGUAUUUGAUCUCAGAGAUUUUUCUCUGAAAACAACUAUUUCCAAUCUCGGGAGUUACAAAGGAGGUGCUUGCUCUGUAGAGAAGGUGCUAGUCACAGAAAAUGAUAAUUUCUGUGCAUACAUACUUCAAGACAACACAAAAGGAGUUCUGAGGGUCAGCAACGAAACUAAGAAUGCUAAGCUGAUUGCUCAAUCAGAUUGUAUUCUGGCGAAUCAAGGAAUCUCCAAGAUAAAGUCUUUCCAUUUCUUCCAUCCUGAAAAGAUUGAGUCUAAAGAUAUUAACGAAGAUUACAUGUUCCUGACAGUGAAUGAUAUCGGGACUACUACCGUGUUCAGCAACAGCUUAAAAGUGCAAGAGUUUCAAGUCUUUUCUGGUCUGAGUUCAGUCAGUUCAAAAAGCGGGAUGCCAAACGACACUGUGACAGCUACGCAAUUUUUACAGUCAGAUGUAGGGACAGCUCCUUCGUACCUCUACUUAGGCACUGAGAAUGGAGUCCUGAUCAAGUUUUCAAUCGAGUACGAAAGGAGAGAAUAUUCUUUUCGAUUAUCUGAGAAUGAGAUACACCAAGUUGAGGUUGUCAGAGGUGCAGCACCAAUUGUCAUAGUUGGAAUGUAUCAAAAUGAAGAAGAUGACUUCCUCAAAAUAUUGCUGUAUAGGGAGGAAAAGAACACCCUUAAAGUGAUGCAUUGAAUUGAUAACUAUAAGAUAAGUGCCUUUAAGAUUUACAAGGCGAUCGCAGAAUCAUACACAAUUAUUCUCAAGGAAGAAGAUGAAUUUUAUCAAUAUAACUUAGCUUAUUUGAUGCAGGAGAAUAUAAAUAACGAGAGCAUUGAUUCUGAUGUUAAUAGCAUAGCUCUUGACGACCUGGUCGAUAUCUGGAACCAAAAGACUUUGCAUGAGAAAGCGCAUGUAAUCAGAGUGUAUAAGCAUUCUUCAGGAAAGAUUUAUUCUGAACUGUUCCUCACUAAGGAGGAAGAAAACAAGAACCUGACACUCUCAGAGAAGGAGAUCAAUGAUAUAUCAGAACAGGUAUUCAAGAAAGCUAGGGAGGAUUCUCUCAUCAUCUUUGAACUUGUUAAGGAAGAAUUUCUGAAUCAAAGCGAUAUUAGCGACCUUAAGAUUCUACAACUUAGCUUUAUUGAGCAUGUUACAGGUAAAUAAGCUAAUCCCUGAAAUCAAGGAGUUAGGAGGAGCUCAUGAUCUUAGCUCUAUUAUAAGAUCGAGUGAGGAGAGCGAAUCUGAUGAACCAAUCUCCCAGGAGCUGACAUUCUCUACUCCAGAAAGAAAAGAUCCUGUUGAAGAAGCUAAAAUCACAAUCGGGCAACCUAGAGAAGUCCGUUUUUAUCUUGAACAAUCUUCAAACGCAAGCCAGUAUAUAGAGAGUUCAGAGCCUGAAGGGGCUAACUUACCUUUAAGAGUUAAGUCAACUGACUUUAAGAUGAAGACUCCUCAAAAGAAUACCGAACAAGCUGUUGGUGUAAGCUACUUAUCUUCUCCAGAGCAUGACUCACAAAGAAACUCACUUGUCCAAGGAAGUACGAACAAAGCAUUUGUGCAUACUUACCAAACUGAUAAGCUUUCUCUAGGCAAAACAGUGUACGACAACAGACCAUAUGUGAUGAAAUCUUCUGCAUAUGAAGACAUCCUCAACUCACAUUUGCAAGGUCUCGGAGAUUUGGAAUAUAGUAAUGACACAAUUUAA